UGAGCUUAAAAGUAUAGAAAAAAGGCUGAACAUUUCUUCAACAACUCUACUCUGGCUGGCGGCUUUCAGCAGUCGACACGGUGACUUUCUUCACCAACUCUCUCCCGUGACAGUCUGUCACCUUCCCAAAUACCGCCACCGCUUUAGGCGGCUUCCGCCGCUCCAUCACUUGCCGAAGCCGCCCUUCACCAAGUGCCAUAAACAAAAGAGAGAGGUCAUUAAGCAAAUAGAGUGAGAAAUGGGGUGUGGGAAUGUGUUCUUCACGUUGAUCAUAACAUUAUCAGUAGCUCUAAUCACCUACAACAUCCUCAUCUCAGCCAAUGCUUCUUUAAAGCAAGAGCUUCCUGGGCCUUCUACCUCAUCCAUCAUCGACCCCAUAAUCCAGAUGCCGGUAGAAAAAUCCAGAAAGUAUGGGUCAAAUGCAGAGAAAAGGUUGUUCCACACGGCUGUGACAGCUUCUGACUCGGUUUACAACACUUGGCAGUGUCGAGUUAUGUAUUACUGGUUCAAGAAGCAUAAGAAUGGACCCAAUUCGGAUAUGGGCGGGUUUACUAGGAUCUUGCACUCUGGUAAACCUGACAACUACAUGAAUGAGAUUCCCACUUUCAUUGCUCGGCCUUUACCAGCUGGAAUGGAUCAGGGUUAUAUAGUCCUGAACAGACCCUGGGCAUUUGUGCAAUGGCUUCAAAAAGCUGACAUCAAAGAAGAUUACAUACUGAUGGCAGAGCCAGACCAUAUUAUUGUGAAGCCUAUACCAAACUUAUCAAAAGAUGGGUUGGGUGCUGCAUUUCCUUUCUUUUAUAUAGAACCUAAAAAGUACGAGUUAGUUCUGAGAAAGUACUUCCCUGAGGAAAAGGGUCCAAUAACCAACAUUGACCCCAUAGGAAAUUCUCCUGUUAUUGUUGGAAAAGAUUCUCUCAAAAAAAUUGCUCCGACUUGGAUGAAUGUGUCAUUGGCAAUGAAGAAAGAUCCUGAAACAGAUAAAGCUUUUGGUUGGGUGCUUGAAAUGUACGCUUAUGCUGUUUCGUCUGCCUUGCAUGGUGUGGGUAACAUCUUGUACAAAGAUUUCAUGAUCCAGCCUCCUUGGGAUACAGAAAUAGGUAACAAGUUCAUCAUUCACUACACAUAUGGAUGCGACUAUAAUUUGAAGGGUAAAUUAACCUAUGGAAAGAUUGGAGAAUGGAGGUUCGAUAAAAGAUCGUUUGAUACUGAAGCACCACCAAGAAACCUUCCCCUGCCUCCUCCUGGUGUUCCGGAAAGUGUGGUGAUACUGGUGAAAAUGGUAAAUGAAGCCACUUCAAACAUUCCAAAUUGGGGUUCAUAGAAAAGGGAAAAAGGAAGGUUAGGGGUGCAAUUGCAAGAUAUAGGCAAAAAGGGCUCCCUUCAUUUCAGUUGUCAGCUGCAGAUAUUGGGUUGGUCAUGGUGGGGAAGAAAGAAAGGGAGUGUUUGGUUAUAUGUUGGUGUUUAUUCUAUGCUGGUAGUUAAGAUUGGGAUUAAGAUACACCCUGAGCCUGAGGAGAAUAGAGAUAAAAAAAACAAAGUUAUAUAUACAGGCGGUCCUUGUGAGCCCAUAUGCUUGUUUUAAUUAAGAUAUAUAAACUUGUUACUCUUUAACUACGUUUUUUAACUUUUUGUCUUUGGAAAGAAUUGGCCUUAUUUGUGAUUUCA